AGUCUUCACGUGGCUGUAACAACUUAUUCACGUGUGAAAACAUAAUCCUCUCGGCUUUGCGCCGUAGUAAGUAAAAAUAGACGGUCUCCUCUUCAUAACUGAACAACCAUAUUCACAAUAACAGUCCAAUCGAUAAGUCUACACGGUUUCUCCGAUAAAAUAUUUGUUAGGCAACAUAAUGGCCUAAGUUUUGACAGUAAUUGCCAUUAAACCAAGAAUUAUCAAUACCUACACAAAACAAAUCAAACAUGGAUUGGAGGACUGUAUUGUGUGCUUUCGCCCUAGUCUACUACGCUGACGGAUUUUCAAAAUACGGACGCACCUGUAAGGACAUAGGAUGCCUGAACAGCGAAGUGUGUGUCCUCGCCGAAGAUCCGUGCACGUAUCACGGCAAUUCCAACUGCGGAACAUAUCCGACCUGCAAGAAGAAGUCUCAAGUAGAAGGUUCGCAUUCGGAGCCUGCGAAGCCAGCACCAGCUCCAACGCCUAAACCUCCCCAAACGCCGACAAGAGACUUCGAAUCGCCACCUAACUACAACCCGCCGGCCCCGCCGGCAGGAGGAAACUCACCUUACGGUGGUUCACCCUACGGUGUUGGCUCGCCUUAUGGCAGCAACACGCACACUGGUGGCAGUUCACCCUAUGGCGGUGCAAGCAACCCUGGAUCACCAUACGGUGGAAACUCUCCUUAUGCCGGAGGAUCAGCCACUGGCGGAAACUCACCUUAUGGUGGUGGCUCGCCUUAUGGCAGCAACACGCACACUGGGGGCAGUUCUCCGUAUGGAGGUGCAAGCAACCCUGGAUCACCGUACGGUGGAGGCUCACCCUAUGGUGGAAACGCACCUUACGGUGGCUCUUCGCAUGGUGGUAGCAGCUCUUACGGCGGCUCGCACUCCAACACUGGCGGCAGCGGCAGCCCUAUCGACAGUAUUCUAAACACUCUGAACAAAUACGCCAACGGCGGCGGCGGUGGCGCGACUGGGGGUGCUGGUGGCACUGGAGGCCUAUCCAACGUUUUCGGAUCUCUCUUGAACGAUUUCACUAAGAAUGGAGGUCUGAGCAACAUUUUUAACACUAGGCCUAUAAUGGAAAAUCCGAACUAUUCCUCGCACAGUUCCAAUUCGAGGAGUUCUAACCCCCAAUCUUACCCAUCAGGAAUCCAACAAACGUAUAGUCAACCAAAUCAGAACAAGAAUUACGGACAAAGUUAUGCGCCCCAUAGUGGAGCGGCCACGCGCAAGCCCGUCCAUUACGGGUGGAACGUUAGUGUGACAGUGGUCUUGACGUACCUGAUACAUCAAUAUAUCCAGAAUAUUAUUCGUAACUAACUCUAAUAUUAUAUUUAAGUAUAAGUAUACAGUGCUGUUUUUAAUUCUGUGUUAUUGUGAUAAGCGAAGUGAACAUUAAAUGUUGACAUUUUAAUUUUUUUUUUCUUUAUAUCCGAGCUUUUGCCGGUAGCUCUGUCGAAAUUGUUUAAGGGCUUCUAUAGAUGAAUCUCAAAAAAAAAUAAGAAUAAAAUAUCAUAAUUUAUUCAGACAGUUGUAAGACUCAAAACAUAGUUUGUCUAAUUUUGGAAUGAAGUAAAAAUGCUUUCCAUAAGUAAUAUUUUGAACUCAUUCUUUAGCAUGUAUAAAUUUUAUUUUUAAUAUCAUAAUCACUUAAAAUUUAAAUAAAAACAUUUACACCACUAUAAUUCCAACCCAUUUUUAUACCCAAGGAAUGUCAUGUAAUUAAAAAAAACUUAAAAUUACACCAACCCCUAUUUACUACUUAUAAAAUUUAUAAUCCUUUUACAUCCAUCUAUAAUUUUACUCAAACAUAAUAAUUGUUCAUUCCAAUUGACAUGAUUUUAUAUAAAUAUAAAUAUAUUGUUACCAUAAAAUAAAUAAGUAGAUGAAAGCUAUUCUCUCAAGUGGGAAUUAUAUCUAGCAUGUAUUUUAUAUCCACAUAUAAUGUAAUAUUUAUUAUAAUCCACAUGGAUUUGUAUAAUGAUUUCUAAAACCAUAACAUCUCAAAUAGAACCUCAUGUCAUACUUAGUUUUCAUAAUAAAGCCCCAGGGGUCCUAUUCUAUCA